AUGUCAGAAUUCCCACCGAACUUAUCAAUUAGACCGCUAACUAUUGAAGAUCUUGACCAAUGUGUUGAACUAGAAUCGAAGGGCUUUUCUGAAGAAGAAAGAUGUCCAGCAGCUACUAUGCGAUAUAGACUUACAGUUGCACCAGAGUUAUGCUCAGGUUUGUUUAUUAGAGACUUUGAAUGGAAGUAUAAUUUACUUAAUCUACCUGAAGUAGCCAGACAAGUUGAGCGAGAGCAUGAUGAAUCGAAAAAUCACAAAGAAAUGGACGAAGAGGAGUUUCCAGGCAAAUCCUCGGUGACUAAAGAAACUUUGGUUGGUCAUAUUAUUGCUACAAAAAUAGCGGGGACUAGAAUCUCCGAAGCGUCUAUGCAGUUGCCUACUGAAGGAGUUCAGGGGUCUGGUCAUAUUGAAAGCUCAAGAAUUAUUGGGGUGCAUUCAGUAGUUAUUGAACCAAAGUGGAGAGGUAAAAAUCUAGCUGCUUUAUUGCUCCAUGACUAUAUACAAAAGCUAUCAAAUCAGGAUGUUGGUGAUCAAUUGGUUUUAAUUGUCCAUGAGAAAUUGAUACCUUUUUAUGAAAAGAUGGGUUUCAGCAAUUUGGGCGAGAGUGCCUGUAAACACGCAAAUACUAAGUGGUAUGACAUGGCUGUUGAUUUGGUUUCUACAGACGAUCUUUAG